CCAAUAGUUUGGGCUGAUUAUUGCAAAAACGCCUACUGACACUGUGUGCAGAAUGACCUCCAAUACAACUCUUUCCCUUCACUCCAACUCCAAAAUCUCAAUGUACCAUGAGAAAACGACAGUGGACAUUGUCUUCUAUACCAUCAUCGUUCUCCUCGGCACCACCGGGAACUCUUUGGUCAUCUGGCUGGCCGGUUUCCGCAUGAAACCCACCGUCACUAACGUUUGGCUGGUUAUUCUCGCUGUAGCGGACCUGAUCUUCUGCUUGACACGAGCUAUUUCUCUCAACAAAAUAAUUUUCUAUGACCACUGGCCUUUUGGAGUUUUUCUCUGCGAGUUCAAUGGUUUCUUCAAGUAUGCCAACAUGUUCUGCAGUGUUUUUCUUCUGGCCGUCAUCAGUGUGGAUCGAGCACUCUGCGUUUGCCAUCCAGUGUUCACCAGAGAACGACGGACGUUAUGUGCUGCUCGUGUGGUCAGUGUGGGAGUUUGGAUUGUGGCGGUGAUCUUUAGUUCACCGUUCUUUGUGUACCGACAAGUCUUUCCCGGCAAGAACAAUUUGAGCCACUGCUCAUUCAAGGAGAAAGGAGCAGCAGAGGGUGACAAUUCAGCAAAGUAUGUCUACUACUGCAUUCGUUUCAUCUGUGGAUUCUUGUUGCCCUUCCUGGUCAUCCUUAUCUGUUACAUACUAGCUGCUGUUGGGAUACACAGAACGCGGCUCUCUGGAAAAUCGAGGCCUCUUCGGAUUCUUGCUGUAUUGGUCUGUGCCUUUUUCUUAUGUUGGGCUCCAUACCACUUUCUAGGGCUGGUCAAGUUGGUGAAUGAAGACAAUGAAGCAGUAAAAGUGGCACUGAGUAUGGCUUCAAAAUUGGCCUAUUUCAACAGCUGCAUUAACCCGGUUCUGUAUUUCAGCAUGGGACUGGAUGUUAGUCGACGCUGCAACCAAAGCCUGUCUGGGAUUUUUCAUAAAGCACUUAUGGAGGAAGACCAAAGUCUCUCACAGCAAGGCACUAGAGAAGAAAGCUGUAAUUCCAUUCCAAACACUGCAGACAUUGAGUUUGUCACCAAAGUUUAA